AUGGUUUCUCGCCUUUGCUUCCUUUUAACAAUAUGUGUGGCCCUGGGCACGCACGUAACACACUGUGCAGGGGAUGGGCCUCCUGAGUCCAAUGUGGGUGAUCAACUCCAUACAGGGAGUUCCCCCCAAGGAGGGGUUCCAGACGCAGGUGCUGGAAACCCAUCGCUGUCAGUCCCUGGGCAAACCUCCCAAGAUACAGAGCCGUCGUCCAGUUCGAGUGAGAACGGGAUCGGUUCCUCUUCCUCAAAUGAAGAGACAGCUUCCCCCCCCACAAGUGCAGACGCAAAAUCCAAUGGCAUCGAGUCCGAAUCUUCAGAUGCAGCAUCUGUGCAAGUCGAGGAUACUUCGGAACAAAACAUACAAAUAACAUCAGCCCUAUUGAAGCAUUCUAAUGGAAUCAAAAUUACGGGUUCGUGUAAGGCACAUUUUAGAGUGUUUCUAUCGCCACAUCUAUGGAUUUAUGCGGUAGCAGCUGAGAAUAAGAUACAGCUGAGGCCCAACUUUGGACCAAUAACCUCAAUAGAUUUAGGGAACCUCAUCAAUGACUGCAAAAAGGGAGCCAACAAUAACUUUAAGUUCGUCGUGCAUACCAGCGAUGAUAUCUUAACGGUCAAAUGGAAGGUGACUGGGGAAGGAGCAGCUCCAGGCAAUCAGGAAGAUGUGAAGAAAUACAAACUCCCUCCCCUGGAUAGGCCGUUCACUUCCGUGCAGGUGCAUUCGGCCAACGCUAAGUCGAAGAUAAUCGAGAGUAAAUUUUACGACAUUGGCAGCAGCAUGCCAGCCCAAUGCAGCGUGGUAGCCACGAACUGCUUCCUCAGUGGCAGCCUGGACAUCGAACACUGCUACCACUGCACCCUGUUGGAGAAAAAAAUGGCCCAAAACAGCGAGUGCUUCAAGUACGUCUCGAAGGAAGCAAAGGAAUUGAUCGAGAAAGAUACACCGAUUAAAGCACAAGAGGAACAAGCACACUCUGCAGAUCAUAAACUGAUCGAGUCUAUAGACGUAAUACUAAAGGCAGUGUACAAGUCAGACAAGGAUGAUGAAAAGAAGGAACUCAUCACCUUGGAAGAAGUAGAUGAAAAUUUGAAGAAGGAGCUAGCCAACUAUUGUACACUUCUAAAAGAGGUAGAUACAAGUGGCACCCUUAACAAUCACAAAUUAGCAAACGAAAUAGAAACGUAUAGAAAUCUGACCAGACUGUUACGAAUGCAUAGUGAAGAAAAUGUUGUCACACUUCAAGACAAAUUGAGAAAUGCAGCAAUAUGUAUCAAGGAUAUAGACAAAUGGAUUAUUAACAAGAGGGGGUUAAGUCUACCUGAUGGUACCCCCUACUACAGUGAAGAAAACACAAAAGAGUACCUAGCAGAAGAAUUCCUCAAAGAAAUUGAGAAGGAAAAAAAUGCUUGUGAUGAUGAUGCAUUUGAUAAAGAUACAAAUGGAGUCAUAGAUUUGAAUAAAAUUCCAGGUGAAAUGAAAUUUAAAUCUCCUUAUUUUAAAAAGAGUAAAUAUUGUAACAAUGAAUACUGUGAUAGAUGGAAGGAUAAAACGAGUUGUAUUUCAAAUAUUGAGGUAGAGGAACAAGGAGAUUGUGGAUUGUGUUGGAUUUUUGCCUCUAAGUUACAUGUAGAAACGAUUAGAUGUAUGAGAGGAUAUGGUCACUUUCGAAGCUCUGCUUUAUUUGUAGCAAAUUGCUCGAAGAGAAGUCCAGAAGAUAGAUGUAACGUGGGUUCUAAUCCUACAGAAUUUCUUCAAAUUGUUAAGGACACAGGAUUUUUACCACUCGAAUCGGAUCUCCCUUACAACUACAGCCAAGCGGGUAACUCCUGUCCUAAUAAAAGAAGCAAGUGGACAAACCUAUGGGGAAAUACCAAGCUGUUGUAUCAUAAGAGACCCAAUCAUUUAUUCCAAACGUUUGGAUAUGUGUCGUACGAAAGUAAACGAUUUGAGAACAAUAUCGAUCUUUUCAUAGAUAUCCUCAAGAGAGAGGUUCAAAACAAAGGAUCCGUCAUUAUCUAUAUAAAAACAGAAAACGUUAUCGAUUACGAUUUUAAUGGUAAGGUUGUACAUAGCCUAUGUGGACAUAACGAUGCAGAUCAUGCUGCUAACAUUAUUGGCUAUGGAAAUUAUAUCAAUGUGCAUGGUGAGAAGAGGUCGUAUUGGCUAGUCAGGAACAGCUGGGGGUACUACUGGGGAGAUGAAGGUAACUUCAAAGUUGACAUGUAUGGUCCGGACGGAUGUAAACGGAACUUCAUUCACACGGCAGUUGUGUUUAAGAUAGAUUUGGGAAUCGUAGAAGUCCCAAAGAAGGACGACCGACCCUUUUAUAAUUAUUUUAUCGAGUACGUCCCGAAUUUCUUAUACAACCUCUUCUAUUCUAGUUACGAUAAAGGUGAUGAUUCGAAUACGCUUUGUGAGAAUGCUAAGGGGGGAGAAGCGGUGGGGGGUGAUUCCGUAGUUGACGGUCAGGCGGUGGUCACUGGACAGACGGAAACGCCCACGCCGGGGGCCGCCCAAGACGGGGCCCAACCCGGAGCAGUGGGUAGCGAAGUAAAUGCCGCGGCGGGCGACAACGCAGGAAUUGUACCUCCGGUAGGGUCACAAACGGGUGCGGUUGCGCAGGAAAGCGGUGCAGUUACUCCAGAAACGGGUGCGGUUGCGCAGGAAAGCGGUGUAGUUGCUCCACAAGCGGGUGCGAUUGCGACGCAAAACGGUGCAGAUACUCCACAAGCGGGUGAUAUUGCGACGCAAACCGGUGCAGAUACUCCACAAACGGGUGAUAUUGCGACGCAAAACGGUGCAGAUACUCCACAAACGGGUGAUAUUGCGACGCAAAACGGUGCAGAUACGCCACAAAACGGUGUACCUGCUCCACAAACGACUGCGGCUGCCUCACCCCCGAGCGUGACGCCGCUGAACGUUACGGUUGAGGAGGGCCAGCGCGUGGGAGGUGUAGUCUCCCUCAUCCCCGUGGAUAAUUCGGGCGAGAAAAAAAUCCCAGUCAUGCACAUUUUAAAAUAUGUGAAGGAGACCAAAAUGACGAGGGCAUUCGUGAGGUACGACAGUUUGAACGAAAUAGAAAGCUCGCACAGCUGCUCCAGGACCUACGCCAAGGACGAGAAGGGGCACGAGGAGUGCAUCCAAUUCUGCCUCAAGAACUGGGCCUCCUGCAGGGGGCACUACUCCCCUGGUUAUUGCUUAACUAAGAUGUAUGCGGGAAGUAACUGCUUUUUUUGCAGCGUGUAG